UACAUAAAUACUGAACGUUACUCUGAGUACCUGAGUGAAACAGAAUCAAAAUGAGGAACACUAUUCUUGCUUUGGUUCUCGUCGCGUGUAUGGUGUCUUUGACAUCGGCUCGGACUCCUCCUUAUCAUGGAAAAUGCUACUACUGGAAAAGAUGUAGCAUCUGGAGGCCAUGCGGCUGGGGAAAAUAUUGCGACUUUAGAUAUGGCCAUCAUGGUUACUGCUGUAGUCAAUAUCAUGGCGGACACGGCCAUGGCUACGAUGGCUACGGUGGCAAUGGAGGUUAUGGUUAUGACGGCUAUGGUCAUCAUGUUGGUCGUUAUUAAUGAAAUGGUUAAUCUGUCAACUAUUUGGAUAUACAAACAAAGUUACAAUGAAAACAACACUUGGCUUAGGUUAAUCUUCUCUUCUUUUAAAAGAAAAGUUUCGUAUUUGUAAAGUAAAUUAUUUCAUUAUUAAAUAUUGAUGCAAUGUUUCUUGUUCUUUUAUUCCUACCAAUCAAAUUAUGUAGCUAUAGAAAGUGAUCAUAUAGAUAAGAUUUA